UCUCUUACAAGCAUCGAAUGUGGUUGAAGUUAUUUCCUAAGGAGGGGAAAGGUCUAAUUAAAACUGUAUAGUAUGAGAUGUAGCUGUGCUAGAUGCAGAAGCGAAAUCCAGACAUUACUUUUACUUCUACUUCGUGGCUUGAUAAAGCUGUAGAGCGAAGAAACAUAAUUUCUGUAUCAUAAGAUCUGACAUGAUAGAUAUGAAAUUAGUUCAAUACUGUCAGUACUCAUGGUCUUUGUUGACAUAUAAACUUCACUUGAAUUCUUGAAUACCAUAUUUUCCCAAAAAGUUGAAUAACUGGAAGUGAAAAUGACUAUAAUAGUGUUUUUGAUUGAUACUUCGGCAUCGAUGUUGCAGAGGACUUAUAUUGGAGGUCGAACGACUCUUCUUGAUGUUGCAAAAUCGGCUGUGGAAACGUUUGUCAAGAUUCGACAGAGAAGCAUCGAAAGCCGAAUAGACCGAUACAUGCUUUUAACUUUUGAAGAAUCUCCUACAAACAUAAAAGCAGGUUGGAAGGAGAAUUUAGCUACUUUCAUGAAUGAACUGAAAAACUUGCAAUCCUACUCUUUGACAACAAUGGGAGUUGCAGUAAAACAAGCAUUUGACAUACUGAACAUAAAUAGGAUGACGUCGGGUAUAGAUACAUACGGACAAGGAAGGUGUCCUUUUUUUUUAGAGACUGCAGUUAUUGUCCUAAUAACUGAUGGAGGCAAAUUGACCACAGUGAAUGGAGUCCAAGAAGAGUUCAAUUUGCCAAUGAAUUCACCAAUACCAGGUUCUGAAAUGACCAGAGAACCGUUCCGGUGGGAUCAGAGAUUAUUUGCUCUAGUUUUGAGGUUAUCAGGUACACCGGCUGUUGAGCGAGACACUGGCUUGGUUCCCAGUGAUAGCAGUCCUAUCGAUGCCAUGUGUGAAGUCACAGGUGGUAGAUCUUAUUGCAUCACUUCUCAUCGCAUGUUGAAUCAGUGUAUUGACAGUUUAGUCCAAAAGGUUCAGAAUGGGGUUGUGAUAAACUUUGAAAAAAUCGGACCCGAUCCUCCUCCUCCCCAAUAUGAUAAAGAAGACGGUAAGGAUGAACCGUGCAAAGAAGGAGAUUUGACAGAUUUGUCUGGUGACAGGGGGUCGAAUAUUCUUAUGAAUACUUCAUGGCAUAACUGCAGGAAGAUGAUUUACGUUCCAAAGGCCAGUAAGGCAUAUUGUGUGGGAUAUUGGCCAAUUCCUGAAUCGUUUUGGCCAGAAAUUAACGUCACCGCUCUCCCCCCUAGAUCGGCUCAUCCGAAUAUCAAAUUUGCUUGCACCAAUGCAGAGCCCUUAGUCAUAGAGAAUCUCCCCUUCGACAAGUAUGAGUUGGAGCCCUCGCCACUCACCCAAUUCAUUUUAUCUAGGAAGCAACCGAAAACUUGCUGGCAGGUGUUUGUAGCUAAUAGUUAUAAAAAUACUGAGGUUGGUCAUCCGUUUGGUUACUUGAAAGCAAGUACAAAUUUAACUUGCGUGAAUCUUUUCGUUAUGCCUUAUAAUUAUCCGGUUCUAUUACCGUUAUUAGACGAAUUGUUCAAGAUCCACAGGUGGAAACCGACAAACGAAUGGCGGACGCAAUUUCAGAAUUACAUGAGGACUUUGCCAGCUUACUACGCAGGGCCUUUGAGAAGGGCUCUCACUAGAAUGGGUACUCCUGUUGCUUUGGCUCAGACUCUAAUUCCUGAGAACGCUGAAAACGGGCUCAGUUUUUCCAUUUCAAACUACUUGAAGAGGCUGAAAAACCAAGCGAAGGUUGAAUACGAUAAAAUGUGCAGUGAAAUCAUUCAGAGACAAACGAAUAUGAACGCUUUGAAAACAAACUUCAACAGCCCCGAACAAAUAAGAGUGGUGCCCAAAGUAACGCCGAAGAAAGAGCUGAUUAGUCAUCCUUUGUUAACUGAUAAGUUUAUAUCCCAGAAGGAUCACAUUAUUGAACACCCGAUUUCAUGGACUUGCACUUUGGACAAAGAAAGACAAACCGUCAGUUUCAAGAAUGCUUUUGAUAUACCUAGGAACAGGCUCAUACAACAGGUAGUGAGGAUGAGGAACAACUUCUUGCAAUCCGACUGGAUCUCUUUGGAUCAAGACAGUGCUCACUCAUUGCCGAUUUGCCAAAUGGGCAACUACCAAGAGUAUCUGAAAAAGCAAACACCACAGCUUCGAGAGAUCGAGUCAGCACCGGUUAGACAACACAUGUUUGGCAAUCCAUUCAAGAUAGAUAAAAGGAUGAUGGUGGACGAGGCCGAUAUAGAUUUGGUUGGUUCACCAACAGGUAGCAGCAGAAAUAACAAACGAGCGAAUCCCUCCAGCGAGGUUAUGAUGAGGUUGCCCUCGAAAAGGAAACCGGGUCCGCUUCCUAAAAACUAUAGGUUCAAUCGUCCCAGCACUGAUUCUUCUCUUCCUCCUAGCCCUCAGAGUUCACCACUUCCGUCCCCCAUUCCUUGGUUGAAUUCCAUUGAAAAGGAUCUCCCCCGCUUCGAAGAACCCCCCAUCUUGAUCAACGGCUUGGAAAGCCCCUCCGCCAGCCCCAUGUCGGAACGAUCUAGAUCUCCAUCUCCGCCCAACGUUCCGGAACCUCUCUCUUACGGUAUCAACGAAGUCAACUUCAACGUCCGCGCUAUUCCGACUAGUUUCACUUACACCCCUCCUACUUCGGUCGAUAAUUUCAUUCCGAUCUAUUCCAGCAUUUCCGCCACAGACGAUAAACAGAUCUCGCAGAUUCUAAAAGAGGCAAACUUAAAUCAUAACACUAAUUCUGUGAAUAGUUUCCUUCCAGAGACGAAGCACAAAGUCGAGGUCGAGGAAGAAGAAGAAGAAGAGGAGAAGGGUAGAGAAGAGGAGGAAGAAGAAGACGAGAAGGAAAUUGAGAAGCAGAACUUUGAUAUACGGAAAAAGUUGAACAGGCUAGUGCGCAAGCCCGGGAAGAAUUUCAGUGAACUGUUGGAGAGCAUAAAAACGUUCAGAGGCGACAACAAUGUCCAAGCAAGGAUGGUCAAGUUAAUCAUAAGGGAGUCGAUGAGGUUCAAACGGUAUAAUUUGGCCUCCAUGUUGGAGGAUCACAUGCGGACUUUAAUGAGUAUCGAAAAUAAAUAAAAAGAGUUUGUUCCGAUUUUGUGGAAAUUCGGAAAGAUAUUAAUUUCUUGGUCCCAUUUGUAAAAUAUUUUUGAUUAUAUAAUUUUUGAUGAUUUUUUUUAGUUUAAUAAAGAUUUAUUAUAAUAGAAAGCUUCAGAGAGCACAA